CGCUUUCAUUCGGUGUCUCGCGCUCGGUAGGAUUCGGCUUCGACCCACGGACCUGAGAAGCGACGGUUUACCUGGAGUUGGAGCCACGGAACGGACAUUUGUUGUUUUGUUAGUGGCUCGCAGCAACUAUUUAUGACGUCAGCGACGUCUUCGGUACUUCGUUUCAUUUAUUUCGGUCGCGCUGAACGUUUCUUUACAGAAAAGGCACUGUCAAAAUGGCGAGGUAUUAUUAUUUCUUGUGCGCGGAGUUGAGUUUGUGGAUUGUGCCGUUCCUUGCGUUGGUAUCGUACGCCAGUACGAGCAAAGAAUCUUUAUAUUUGACGGAACCUACACACCGAAGGUCAGAAUAUUCUCUGGCACUCGAACUGUUGGACGACAAAAGACAUUCCAAUCAAAAAAGAGACACUGAAGUAGAAAAUCUUCCUCAUGAAAAUACCACUUCUUUAGCAGGCAAUACAACGACACCAAUAGUAUUUAAAAAACAACCUACCGAGACACCGCCAUCAGAGGCGAUAAAUAUCACAGAAAGCGAGAAGUUUGCGAAAAAUCUUGGAGUGAACGGUUCGGGUCAAAGAAAAGACGUUUCCCAACCACCACACGUCCCGUUAAAGUCGGAUACAAAUUUAUCACCGGACAUUUUACACGGUAAUGUAGUUGGAAGCUUCGAUGCUACGCUGCUAGGUGAUUUAGACGAAGAUGACAUAAACAAGAUACUGGCCGGUCACAAUAUAACAUCCACCAAAAUGGAUAACCAUUUAUUUUAUAAUAGCACAAUUUAUGUUCAACCAAAAAUCGGACAGACUUAUUGGGUGGAUUUAAAUAAUUGCAGCAACGUAAAAGUGAGCGAUCUGCUUUCAAAUUCUCACCGAAGAGCUGCAACGAUCAAACUUUCCUUCGAGUUUCCUUUUUACGGUCACUUGAUUAAAAAUAUUACUAUAGCCACCGGAGGGUUUCUUUAUACAGGAAAUUUCGUCCAUUAUUGGCUCGCAGCUACCCAAUACAUAGCGCCGCUGAUGGCAAAUUUUGAUACAAGCCUAUCGAACAACAGUCUUGUCCGGUACUGCGAUAAUGGCACUGCCUUUACAGUUGAGUGGCAAAGAGUAGUACUCCAGGAUACACCCUCCGACGAAGAAUUUACUUUUCAGGUGACGCUGUUUGAUAGCGGUGAUAUUGUAUUCGUCUACAAAAAUGUGCCAUUAUUAAUUGAACAAAUCAAGGAUUCAAAUCAUCCCGUCAAAAUUGGCUUAUCGGAUGCGUACAUAAUGGAUGAAACAAUAUAUCUGAUCAGACGGAAAACAAUUUAUGAAUACCACAGGGUCGCGUUCAAAAAAGAAGAUAUCAAAAAUUGGACUGCAAUAUACCUGAGGGCGUUACCCACGUGCCUAGGUUUUCGUGACUGCUCCACUUGCCUCACCAACGAAAUAGCGGAAACUCAUCAAUGUACAUGGUGUCCGAAACUACAACAGUGUUCAACGGGCUAUGACCGCAACAGACAGGAUUGGCUCGAUAAUGGUUGCAACAAAACAAGUGCCAGACAUGGGUCCAUGUGUGUCCGAACAAAUGAACCAUAUGAACCGCCUAUUACUACCGCCGCGUAUGAUUCGAGUGUGGAAAAUCGUAAAAUGGGCGUGGCCAAUCCUGCUAGUCAUUUAGGUACUUCAGGAGUGAUCACGAUAUUGUUCGUGGUUCUGAUGAUGUUGGGGCUUGCGACGUGGACAGUUUACGCGUAUAGAAACCCUCAUACAUUCAGCGGGCAAAUGCUGAUUAGAUACCGUCCUAGUCAAUGGAGGUGGCGACGAGGUGAAGCAAGAUACACGGCUGCUACUAUACAUAUGUAACAAUGUGAUAAGCAAUAAUGGCGGUUGGAGUUUCACCAACAGUCUGAUUACCUAAUGUGUCAAGAGUUCGGGCACAAAUUCUCAUUUUCUAAAUAGUUUGUUUUACACUUUUACAGAUAUAGCUAGAAAAUAUACACAAAUUAUUUUAAAGUUUUUUCUAUUGUGGAAUGUUCACUAGGUAAAGUUUUUCACUAAUACCAUAGGUACACGAUGUCUCAAGAUUAAGCCUUCCCGUUGGAAUCUUUGAAAUCAUAAUAAUUAGAUGUAAGGUCGGUUAAAUCAUUAACCUCUUUUUAUAAAUACCCCCCUAUUGUAUUAUUAAACUUCUCAAAAAGUUAAAGAACAUUGAAAGGUCGGAUUCACAACAUUAGGUAGAGCAGAAAAUAUGUGCAACAUGACGGUUCAUGCCCUGCUUUUAAAGGAACUUGUAAGUUUUAUGGUUUUUGAGUGUCCAAUGAUGAGGCUCUAAUUUGGGCCAUGCAACAUAAAGAUUAUCUUACAAAAUCAUUCCUUUUAAAAAAGUAUAAUAACCAUUUGCUAAAGAUAAGUUCAACAUAAAGUCUGUACACAUACCAUUGUUGAUGGUUUUUCUGUGAUAAUUUGUGUAAGGUAACGUCCAACACGACUUUGCAUUAGUUUGUACAUAUUAUGUAGGUGCAAUUUAAUUUUGUUUAGUAUUUAAAUUUUAUACCUAUAACUGUUUGACCAAAUUUUAUUAUAAAAUUAAUUAAAGGUUAGGAAUAUUUGUAAAUAUAUAUUAAUCAAUUUUGUUAUUGUUUUGACAACCUAUAUUCUAUUAUAUUUCGAAAGUGUAGCGCCUGUAGCGCUGGAAUGUGAAAUUUAUUUACAUGCAAAAAUGGUAAAUAAAAUUUUUAA